CACAUCACAAAUCAAGACAUCCCUCGCUCUUGGCGCCAAGUACAUGCCCAACAUGGCUGAAUCAAACCUCAAAGCUGAAAAGACCGCUGAAAGCUACAGCUGGUACGAGCCCAACCUGACGCAAGUCCAAGAGCCGGCGCGGACUCUACUGGCCGAGUACAGCCACAUCCCGGAGGAGCAGAUCAUCGAGCAUGUCAAGGAGGUGCGCGAUCGUGCCUUCGCCGUGUUCCCCUACCCCUGCAUCGGCUCCUUCCGCUUCCUCGACAUCACGAUCAACCACUCGCCCGCCUACGCAGAGAUCCUAUCUCGCCUCAAGACCAGCGACCACAAAUACCUCGACCUAGGCUGCGCCAUGGGCCAAGACAUCCGGUACCUCACUCACCAAGGCGCCCCAUCCACAAACCUGUACGGAAGCGACCUGCACCCCGAAUUCAUCGAACUCGGCUACGACCUCUUCAGCGACCGCGCAACCCUAUCCUCAGAGUUCAUCCCCAGCGACAUCUUCGACGACGGAUGCCCCCUCCUCACUCGCCUGGCAGGACAAAUAGACAUCGUCAACGCGGCGUCCUUCUUCCACCUCUUCGACUGGACGCAGCAGGUCGCGCUGGCGAAGCAGAUCAUCAAGCUCCUGCGGCCGCGGCCUGGUUCGUUGCUUGUCGGGCGGCAUGUGGGGGACUUUGAGGCGGGGGAGCGCGCGGAUAGUGAAUUAGGAAAUACGUACUAUCGCCAUGAUCUUGACUCGUGGAGAAGGAUGUGGGGCGAGGUUAUGAGGGAGACGGGGACGCAGUGGGAGGUUGAGGUUGCGGCGGAGCAGUGGGAGGAGGUGAAGAGGAAUAGGCAUAAUCGGGAGAGUUCGUUUAAGAUGGUUUUUGUGGUAAGGAGGGUUUAAUCUAUGGGAUGCCUGGGGGCCGAGAAGAAGGGAGUCCGGUGGUUCUCCCCCGGAUGCUUUUACUCUGGUCUUGGGAAUAUAGAUAUGCC